CUUAACGUGUGCAGAGAGUAAAGCGCACGGGCCAGACGCUAGUGGUCAGUGGGGAAGGAAGGAUGUCGCUAUUACUCGGACACCUCACGCGUCAAACCUCUUCUUCGCAAGGCUUCACGCGUCUGUAUUCGACGGGUUUUACGUUUCAGUGAACAAAUGUCCGUUCAUGGUCGUUUGCACGGCGUGUAAUGGAGGCUGUUUGCAAGGCAGACCAAAUUCACGCGUGUAACGAUGACUAACACAGCUAUUGGACAGACUCGGCACCGGUCUCGUCCUAGUCUUGUCCUCGUCAUAGGUCAACGGACUGCUCACACGCGCAAUGAAUCUCGCAUUCCAUACGGGUGCAAUGCAUCAAGCGAGGGUAUAUAUGCCGGCGCCUUCUGACCAGCGGCAUACUAGACGACCAAAUGCAUAAUGGCAGCUACACAGCGCGUAGAUGCUCUCGACUUCCUGGACGUUGCGCACGAUGACGAGCUUCCGGGCUACGGCGAGGCUGAGACGGCUCCAGCCUACGAUGACGGCGCAUACGACGGGCCCCUUGUUACCUACCAUCUUCGCCAGUAUGACCGCAAGAUACAGAUGCUCGCUGCCUACAAUGGGCCGCUCGCCUCUUCGUACAGAAUCACAACGAACAGCUUCCGUGUCUUCUCGAAGAAGCCGGAGAUGGAGGUGCUGCAUACGUCGCAGGAUAUGCGCCAGCGCAAUAUAGCUGCCCUUUCGUAUGACAACGACGGAGGGUUCCCCUGGCGGCCGCGCGCGCAUUUUGACUAUGCUUCGGAGGACGGGUUGCGUACAAAGUACAAGAUGGAGUCGCUGAACUUUGAAGACUGGAGUCUCACGGUUGGAAACAAGACAUACGUCUGGGUACUCGAGAUGCGACCGAUCGCAUUGGGUGUGUACGAGAAAGGCUCUAGCAAGGUCAUUGCGCGCUUUACGUUUUCAGACAAAGGUGUGUUGGCUCUUAGAGGCGCUGAGGUCGGUGAGAUGACUGUGUUUCGCGAUGGGCUGACACUGGCGCCGGGUGGGAUUGACAAAGUCAUCUGUGGCACCAUAGUUGUCCUCACCUUCUUCAAAAGAAUGGGCAGGAACUAUACGAAUCCGAAGAUGGAUGGGUUGGCGAGGGUAGGCUCUGUGACAGGAGGCACGCCGCUGCCGUCGUUGCAUAGGGGCUCGACAGCAGGCUAUUCAACCGUGGGCAACUGGGCAGGAUAAUAUAUGUAGUUGAUGAUUGGGUACAACGAAGACAUAUCGCGAGACGUGAAACAUGCAAAAGUUCACAUUGCUAUGCUU